UGCUGUCAUUGUCAAUUAGUCUCUGCAUUCCAUAAACAAAUGAAUCUCUGCAAUCAUUAGUGCUGCUAGAACCACCUGCUCAAAUUGUUGGAGGGGGCGAAACCAUGGUUUUUGGGGCCGCCCAUGGUAUCAUGGAUCUAAAUUAUUUAGGUAUAUUGUUAUAUCAGUUACCCCAUGUGCAUGCACGCGGCCGAUCGACUAUACUAUAAUCAGGGCACAAUUUUCAUCUGCAUCAUAGCAGUUAGUUUACGCGGGUGGUUCCUGAUGGCCUGGACAUAUAUAGUAAGUAGAAUCUAGCUACUAGUUGAGACGGACAUGGAGCAUAGCAAGAUCAGCAGCAGCAGCAGCAACGACGACCGGUUGGGGGCGGCACUGACGGAGAUGGCCAGGGAGCAGUCCCUGGUUGCGCUGCUGCGCGCCGUCGUGCUCCCGGCGCUCCAGCUAGCUGGCGUCGACAGUGCUGAGGUCGUCCCCGACAUGUUCGAGAGCAUACUGGACUGCUCAACCAAGGCCAUAGCCGAGCUCAAGCUUAUUCGGCUUGACCGUUCCUCAGCCAAGGCCACGGCCGAGCUUGAGCUUGUUCGGCUUGAUCGUUCUCCUGGCCAGGAUGCGGUCGAUCACAAGAGGAUAGUCAGGAAGAUCCUAUCCGGCGACGCCAACAAUGCCAAGCAGCGCAAGAGAAGGAGGAGAUUAGCCGAUGACUCUGUGAAACUUGAAACACCUGUCCCCGACUACGACGGCCACCAAUGGAGGAAGUAUGGACAGAAGCCCAUCAACAACGCAAUGUACCCAAGGAACUACUACCAGUGCACCUACAUGAAAGAAAACGGCUGCAAAGCAACAAAGACGGUGCAGCAGCAAGAGGAGGGUGCCGCCGACGAUGGCCCCGCCAUGUACGCCGUAGUCUACUACGGCCAACACACAUGCAAGCCCUGCGCCGCCGUGGUCGGAGCAGGGAGCGGCGCCGACGAGCUUGCACGGAGCGACAGCCAGUGCAGCAACAUCUCGGUGACUUGCACUUCGGCUGUCGUUGACCACCACCACAACAGGACGGCGUCCGUCGAGAGCAACUGCAACCUGCUGGACAUGGCGGGAGACUUGGCCGCAGACGCAGAGCUGAACGCGUAUGGGCAGCUGUUGGAUGUGGCUGGGUUUUCACCGUUCGAUUUGGAGACGCCGGGUUGGGCGAUAGAUUCGCAAGCGCAUGGGCUCCUAAAGUAUGGAGACUGGUAAAAUUGAUAAAAUUCAGAUCACGUGUGCAGGCCGGUC